AUGCUUGGCCUUAUAUUUACCCUCGGAUUAGCUCUGGUGGCCAACGCGAUUUCCGUACAACCCCAGCAUUCUGUUAGGGAAUACGAUUUCAAGCCCGAGACUGCCACAGAGUACUGGAAGCCGGAAAUUCCCAUUCUGUUCAACUUCAGCAGCUCGCAAUUCUCGAACAAACUGGGGGGCAAAUCUGCCACUAGCUCCUACUAUACCACCUCUUUCCUUACAGAUACCGAUCGCAAUCAACAUGUCAUCCUCUCUCACAUUUUGAUCACUGCCGACAAUACCACAUCUUUCAGUGCCUCAAGUCUCAAUUUGACUGAUCUCAGCUAUACAUCUUUCAUGGUCAACUCAAAUGAGACUGGCUUGCAAGCUGGUUCCCUCCUAAAUGUGACCACGGAUGGCAAUGGAUUCGAGAGUCUGACAGAGGAUAACGUGUCCCAAAUGCGCACCUACAGCAACGAUGAUAAACUUGCGUUUGACAUCACCUACAAUGCUACGACCAUGGCACUUGUGGACGCUGGCGCGGGCCUGUUCACAUUUGGUGAUGGGGUAUCUUACGAAUGGGGACUUCCUGGUUGUUACACAGCAGGGACUCUGACCGUCGGCGGCCAGGUGGUCACAAUAGAUCCCGAGAAUUCCUUCACUUGGUAUGAUCGGCAGUGGAAUGAUGGCCUCCCCUCAAAUGGAAACUGGACCUGGUUUGAGUUGCAUAUUCCUGCUACCGGUUACAAAAUGAGUAUUUGGGCCAUUAACGACGAAGAACCACAGCAGCGUUAUUGCUUUGCUACGAUUAGAACUGGAGAUGGGUCACAAAAUGUUGUCCCAAUCACAUUCAAUGCGGACUAUACUCGGCACUGGUAUUCUAAUGCCUCUGAUUACUCAUACCCGCUGGAUUGGACAUUGACUAUUGGAGACUACGGAAAUUUCAAAAUUUCUAGUAUCACCAACGAUCAAGAGAUUGUGGGUCCUACUUUUUCCACCUCUGGAUAUGAAGGCUUUAUUACCUUUGAUGGGACAUUUGAAGGGAAAGAGGUGGAGGGCUUUGGAGUGGUGGAGGUGUUUCAUGCUGUGCAGUAA